AUGGCGUUCGACCUCGACGUUUCCGAGAGAGAAAACAGCACACUACACACCGCGUCGUGCUCGCUUGUUCUCGACGACUACGCUUGCAAGUGCCAGAAGAUGUUUGACGGAACAGUACCAUUCCAUCCUACUGAAAUCUGCAAGGCCAACGGAAGCUUUUUCCACGCUCACAGUCGCGUCUUCACGUCGUCCAAUGCUAGCAGUCUUCAAUAUGCUCAGUUGAAACUGAUGUCUCCACUAACGCUAGUCAACAACUGCGGCGUUCCGAUUGUUGCGGUGCUGUUCACACUCAAAAAGGUUCGACGUACGGCAGGGGCUUGCGAAGAAGCUCAUAUGGUAUCGUCGCAGGUCGUUCCUCCACGUGGUCGAGUAGAUACGCUGUCGUGUGCUCUCCACGACGAGACAUACUGCUCGAUUUCCAUGACAGGCUCCAGUUGGAGUCGUCUUUUCCGUAUUCCAAGCCUCUUGGAUUCGACCGAAGAAACAACGAAAACAACUACACCAACAGCAGCUCUCAAGGCGAUUUCAUCACUACCGUUGAAGCCCAGAAGUGACAAGAACGUGGUGUUAUCUCUGCUGGAUUUUCAGUCCAGAACCGCUACGUUGCAUGUAUCAUUUGACAGCAAAGAAACUCGUGAACGCAACGCGGGACACUUCAUGAUCGUGCAACCACGCUUUUUACUGCGAAAUGCUACAUCACUUCCGCUUAUCUUUUCCCCUCAAGUGAAGUUGAUCGAGAAGAUUCCUGGUACAAAGUCGAUGAUGGCGCGGUUUGCCAAGUCUCCAUUCUCUCCAUCUAGGAAGAAGCAGAAAGAUGAAUGUUGCAGAUCAGCAGAAAUGGAGGCUAUACACGCAAAGCUGAAUGCGCUUCAAGACCAAAAGGUGUCAGAAGAUGCUAUUGACGAGGACGAGCUGCAAGCACAUUAUUAUUCUGAGGUCAGUGCGAUCAUGGUACAACUGGAAGGUAACACUCUACAGUCGUCAAGCGCACAGGAUAUCAGUCUUGAGGUUGGAGCCAACACUUCGCUACGUGUCUACAAUGAGGCCACGAAGCGUUAUCAUGAUGUCGUGGCUCUCUUUAAACAAGUAGGGGGGUCAAGAUCCAUGGAGGUGACGUUUGUCGAGCGGUAUCUACUGCUAAACCAAACACAUCAUGUGCUUUUAGCGUCUGCAGUAUCCGACAUUGCUGCUAAGAAAGGAGCUGGAGAUGACAAGAAAGUUCUAGCUGCACCACCACGCUCCUCGUCCGAGUUCAGUUGGUGGACGCAUUCUUCCGUACCUUCGGACACGUGCAUUCGACUGAAAGUCCAGCGUCCAAGUGGUGAUGACAAGCAAGUCGAAGACUACCAAUGGAGUGGCAAGUUUUCCUUACACGACGUCAGCGAGACAGCGUUGAAGGUCAGCACUCCGGAUGCUUCUAGAAUUUGUGUAUUACGCGUCCAAGUUCGCGUGGAGGCAACUGUACAAGUCUGCGUUGUGGUGACAAGCGAGGAUGUUGCGGAGUUCCCGCUGUAUCGAAUUAAUAACUCGUGUGCACGGGAAACUAUCUGGUUUAAGCAGAUUUUCGAUGGCGUCAAGAAGGACGCAUCAGCUUUCCAACGUGGCGUGAUGCAGUGUGUAGCGCCAGGUGAAAGCGUGUGUUUUGGGUGGGAUGAAGCUUUCUUCUUAGGUACUCCGAACCGUGAGAUAAGUGUCUGGUAUGCACCAAAAGAUGGCACGACCUCUUCGGAUUAUCAUAGCUCAAUUCUUCUAGAUCAACCAGGAGAAUCGCAGCAAGUGGAGAUCCCAUCCAAAGACGCUCUCCCGAAGGCACCAAGUCGAGUGUAUGUGCGCUGGCAUCUCCAAGGUGUUACCAAGACGAUGGUAGCGCAAGACGUGCCUCUUAAUCGGAAGGAACGAGCAGGUAAACAGACUCGAGAACUGGUAGCAGCACAUGGUGAGAUGCAGAGAUCCACAUCACCAGGCUUCACAUCUGAGGUGGUGGCGCACUUCCGCUUGCCACAUUUUGGAGUCUCGCUUGUGACCAGUACACCUGAUGAACUCCUGCUCUUCUCUGGUCAAGAUGUGGAUAUCGCGUAUGCUAAUAUCAACAAUGAUCACGAUCAGUGUGAAGUGAAAAUCGGGUGCUUCCAGCUCGACAAUCAACUAAGUGACGCGAUUUAUCCUGUUGUGAUCGCUCCAAUCCUGAAGAAAGGUAGCGGGUGUGCUGGAUUCCGAGAUGAAGCCUCAUCGUCUUCACCUGACAAACUGAAAAGUGCUGAGGUUCGCUCAGCUCAUGGUACGGAUUCAUCGAGUGGGGAUGAAGGUGAGAACGGAGUGAAAAUUGGCUCACGUGCACCUGUUAUUCGACCGCAUUUCUUCCAUCUCUCGAUUUUGCGACUCAGCUACGAUGCCAACAUGGACUACAUCAAGUACUUUUCAGCAAUGAUGCAGCCCGCUAGGAUUCAGAUCGACGAAGCUUUCUUGCUUGCUCUUGCAUCAUUUGUCACGGAUUGUUCAGCUACGUUGGAGAGGAAUUAUCCACCCGAACGACGACGUCUUACCAGUGAGGCAUCAAAGGUGCAAGCAACGUCCGACAAGAGGUUCAAGCCAAACUCGGAGCGCAGAAUUUACAUUGAAACACUGCAACUUCAUCCCGUCAAGAUCCAGCUGAGUGUCACGACUCUAAACCAUUAUGGCGAAACCGAAGAGUCCGCGACAGGGCUGGCCUCGCUGGUUAAACUCCCGCUUGCAGUCACGAAAGCUUUGCUGAGCUCCACAUUCUCCCAGAUCGACAGUGCUACACUGUACUUGAAUGCUCUCCACCUCAAUCAUGCGUUCGCGUCUGGGGCCUUCUUGAUGUCGACGGUGCAGCAACACUACAUGUUGCAAGGAAUGCGUCAGAUUUACUCUUUAAUCGGCGCCGCAGACAUCUUGGGUAACCCAGUGGGUCUGGUGACCAACCUUGGUGUAGGAGUAAAGGAUUUCUUCUACGAACCUGCCGCAGGACUUGUUACCUCGCCACAAGAGUUUGUCUUGGGACUCUCUCGUGGAACAACCAGCCUCUUCACUCACUCGUUGUACGGAGCUUUCAACGCUGCCAGUAAAGUCACAGGCACUCUGUCAGAAGGUAUCGCUACCUUAUCACUAGAUCGUAAAUAUCUCGCCGAACGUAGAGCUCAAGGACCACGGAAGCAAGUAGCCACACAUAUUGGGACGGGGUUGAUUCACGGUACGAAGCAGCUUGGUAAGGGUAUCUUCGCAGGUGUUACGGGUGUCAUUACCGCUCCAGCUCAAGGAGCGAUGCAAGGAGGUCUUCCAGGAUUUAUCGAGGGGGUUGGCAAGGGUUUAAUCGGUGUAGCAGUCAAACCUGCAGCCGGCGUACUGGAUCUAGCAGCCACGACAGCAGCAGGCAUCACUGCUACAACGUCAGCAUUAGAUCGUCGCACAGGCUUGGGCAAAGAAGUCUAUCGUCGUCGUGAGCCUCGACUACUUCGUGUGACGAGUGAUCAACGAGUUCGAGUGUAUACUUCUGCAGACGCGCUGGUAUCUCGGUUGCUGCUGACGUUGCCGAUGAAAUUUAAGUUGCAGCUUCCCAACGAACUGUACGAUACGCACAUCUUCCUGCCUGGCGCGCGUAUUCUAGUGGCUACAUCUUUGCGUCUUCUUCUGCUUGAAUUUGCGUCCGGAGGAACUUUAGCAACGCUGACGACGGCAAUCAUGUCGUCGACGUCGAUUCCUCCUCCCUCGGUACUCUGGAGUCAUCCUUUGUCGAAGCUGGUAGGCGCUCAGCGUACGCCAACAGGUAUUGCCGUGCAUAUGGGGGCAAACGCUUUUGAUGCUGAGCUUGCAGGCGCAGAUGCACCUGGCAAAGCGAAGGACGAUGUAGCAACGUCGAUACUUUCGGAUCUGGAGGAAUUGGGGGCCGCAGGUACUGAUCGUGUGCAGGCGUUUCUCACUGACCUGGUCGUCCGACACCAGCGAGCUACUGCUACAAGCUACGGCACUGAGUAA